AGGGUUGUUGUUGCCUUGCCAGCACCAAUAAAAACUGUUGGAAGGAGUGAAUCAUUGUAUCAUACUACAAAUCAAAAUCAAAAUGGUGCUUUUACCCCUGAGAAAGUUCAAGUCCUUCAGUACUUGCAAUCUCAAAGUGGGACAUUUCCAGCAAGAUCAUUGUCACAAGAUGGUUUGUGGGGUACAGCUACAGGUUUUCAAGAAAAGUUGGUCCUGGCAAGAAAUCUUGUUUGGAGAUUUAAGCUACAUGGUGGAACUUGGUUAAGUAUGGAAAAUUUUCUGGUACAGCAUAUGAAAACCAACAUCAAUAUGGAAGAUGGUAUUCAGGGGCACCUCUUUGCAGGACAUAAUUUUUUGGACAAGGGCAAACCAGUUUUGAAUGAACCACCUCUGAGCCAAUCUGACUCAGCUUUUCUGGAGCCAAAAUCUCCAGAGGAGGCCCAGGUUGCACUCCUUCUUGCUAGGUCCAAUUUGUUGAUUACUAGGGAUAUAGAGUGGGCAAAUCUUAUGCUUGGUUUUGAGCAGAUUGAUGGAACCCUUAUGGCACCAGAUGGAUUUGAAGCAUGGUCGCCAAAAACUAGUGUGCAAGGGAGUCUGAACUUCAUAAGUAUCAGGGGAUGUUAUUGCACAGGGUUGGUCUUAUAGAUGUCAGAUGAGAGAAAUGGUGGAAUAUUCAUUGCAGGCAUGACAAAGUGAGCCUUUUUUUAUAUUAUUUCUAAACAUACCUCAUUAAUGUUGACAUCCUAUAUUAAUGGAAUAAAUCUUGACGAUGCUUUAAGAUGCAAACAAAAGUAGCUAGAAAUUUAUUUUGGAAGUUAACUCUGUAGAAGUUCUUUCAUUGAAGUUUUUAACUAAGGGGACUUGACUUGAGUUUUCAAAAUGUACAUUUAAAAUUGGUUAGCACAAUCGCUUGUUGAUAGUCCCAA